AUGACUGUCGACGGGGAAGCAAACUCUAGGGACCGGGUUUUCAUGGAUAUAUCUAUCGGCGGGCUUCCAUCUGGCCGAAUUGUUUUUGAGCUAUUUAACGAUGUGGCGCCGAAGACUUGUGAAAAUUUCCGCGCCCUUUGCGCCGGUGAUAAGGGAAUCGGCGAAGGCACUGGUAAACCACUAACGUAUAAGGGUAUGGUGUUCCAUCGAGUCGUAAAAGACUUCAUGAUACAAGGAGGGGACUUUUCCAAUGCUAAUGGCACUGGUGGUGAAUCAAUUUAUGGUGGAACCUUUGAAGAUGAAACCUUUGAGGUGAAGCAUGACAAGCCUUUUCUUUUGUCUAUGGCCAACCGAGGGAAGGAUACAAAUGGGUCACAAUUCUUUAUAACAACACAGCCGGCGCCGCAUCUCGACAAUGUCCACGUAGUAUUCGGUCAUGUAGUGAGUGGAGCGACGCUGGUGCGGCAGCUGGAGGCUCUACCUGUGGACCGUAACGCGAGGCCCCUUCAGGACAUCACUGUCACCAACUGUGGACAACUCAUCAGGCUCAAAGCUGGUAAAAAACGGAAGCAAGAUAAAGAAAAAACUAAAGAUGAAAGUGACGCUGAAUCGGAGAAGUCUAUCAAGAAGGAGAAGAAGAAGAAAAAAGAUAAAAAGAAGAAACGACAUCAAUCGGACCAGUCUGACGGUGAGCUCUCGCCGGAGCCAGCUCAUCCGCUCGUUACCACCUCCAAGAUAGACCCCAAGGAGAUUCCUGAUGUACCCACCAACCGAUUCCUCAUGAGAGCUACUCGGGAACAGGACAAAGACAAGAAUGAUUCUAGGAGGGAUAGAGACAGGCCAAGAUAUCGUGACAGAGAACGUCAUUCCUACACUAGGAGCGGGCGUAUUGUGAAGGGACGAGGUGUUUUCCGAUACCGCACGCCGUCCCGCUCACGCUCGCGAUCGCGUUCCGUUACACCGCCGCAUUGGAGACAAGCGCAACGCAGGAUCGUUAAACUGGCGGAUGUCGAGCGCAUCGAUCAGGAACGCGAACAAGAACCUCCGAAAAAAGCACCAUUGAAGCACGCGCAGAGAGAGGCUGCUACGCCGGCGCCGCAAGAGAAGGAGGAAGGCGAGUGCGACACCACCCUCGACCAAUCUCGUGAUGAAAAGGUAGAUUACAACGCGUUGGAUUUCGAGGAGGACGUGGAACAAGAAGAAGAAGGCGAAAUUCCGCAGAAACGUAUGGAACAGAAGCGCAUAGCACGACCCCCCGCUGAGAACAGAGCUGAUAUAUUGGCGCGAGCACUCGGAGUCAAUCCUAAACACGAUCAACUCAAAGAUGGAAAGGACACUCGCGACUACCGUCGGCACGAAGGGAUAUCUUCCAGAGUAGUGCAAGCCGCUCCCAAACUGUCCUCUGCCGUCGCCACCGUCGCAGCAGCUUCUGGUGGCACACCCGAACCCCAAGACAAGAGCGAGUAUGACCCCUUCUCAUUACUCAGAAGCACCUUCAGCAGGAAUAAGGAGCAAGACGCUUCAAGAAGUACUGACAACGGAGAGAAUCGCCGAGAGAGGGAAAAGCUCAAAGAUCACAAAGAGAGAGAAAAAUAUCGCAGCGAGAGAACAGAGCAGAAACACGAUCUCAGGGACAAUCUUAGAAAACGAGAGAUCAAAGAAUCAGGACAAGAAGAACGGACGCAAAGACCUCAUAAAAAUGAAAAGUUCGACUCUAAAGACAAGUCUAAGGAUCGUUCUGACGAGAGGCGUAAACGUCACGAUAAAUUCGUUAAGGAAUCUGAUGAGAAAUCAAACGAUAGAAGCGAAAAAUUCAAACCUAGACCUGACGAAAGGAAAUCCAAAGACAAGUCUCCUGACAAUUCUGACCGAAAUAAGAGACAGAGAUCGGAAGAUAAAUCGGUUGAAAAGGAAAAGUCUAAAGACAGAAAACAAAAAGCGGAACUUCGGGACAGGUCGCACGACAGAUCUAGGCUGUCUAGAGACAGGGAUGUUCGGGAUAAGUCUAGAGAGAGAAAUAGACUAGGUCGGUCGAAGGAUAGAUCGAGGGAGACACGUGAUAGACGCGACAGAUCAAGAGAUAGGAGAGAUAGGUCGAAGGAUAGAUCACAGCGUAACAGAUCGAAAAAACGCGAAUCUAAAGAAAAGGUGCCCCUCGAUGAAUUUGAUAUAGAAGGAAGUAACGAAAAAAAUUGCAGGAAGUCCAAAUCUCCAGACCGGAAGAAAGCUGUCGAUAAAGAUAAGGAUGAAGAGCAAAAGAAGAAAGAGGACGAAGCUCGUAAGGAACUGUUGGAAAUAGUUCGCAUGAUCAAGUCCCGACAACGUGACAGAGAGAACAAGGCCGCCGAGGCCAAGAAGAAAAGACGAGACUCGAGCGAGAAUUCCUCUGAUGAUGAGCGUUCGAAGAGGCGACGUUCUUCCGACAGAGGCAGAAGGCGCAGUAGAAGCAGGUCUAGAAGAAGCAGCUCCCGUCGUUCUCGUCGCCGUUCCGGAUCAGGACGUCGACAUAGACGCCGAUCUUCGGACUAA